GCCACGUCGACCAAGCAGUGAUCUAUUGUGACGGCCCUUCAAAAUCCAGGAAAUUCCAGAUUCAUUGGGCCAUAAUGUUCUGUACUUCAUAGGGUUGCAAUACGCGCAUCCUAAGUAGAUACUUCUUUUUAAUAUUAGUGGUCCACAGGAACAGAGAAUCCCAUAAUAUAUUGGUUCACUGAGGCCCUGUGCGUGUAAAGGCAACCGUUUAGUGUUAUCACUGACAACGCCCCGUAUCAAAUAUCAAUGAGAGAUAACUUAUCAGAUACCUAUGAUUCACUUGGCAGAACUGACAGAAGUUUCAGCGUGUUUUGUACCAAUGCUAUUGUUGCGUUUGACGAAAAGAAAAAUAAAUGUAGAAGUAAUUCAAUUAAGGAAAAUUCGUUUCAUUCAUGUGGUUGCCGGCUGUGAAUAUGAUAUGAGUUAAUAUUUUAUAAAUAGUGUCUGUCGGAAAUUUUCGUUUUUCUUUCUUUGAUUGUGUUAAAAUUGAUAAAACAAAUCAUUCAAAGUGUUUGAGAACUUGUUGUAAAUGUAGUUAACUUGAUUAUGUGUAAGAAGAAAGGUUCAAGAUAUUAACAGUGGGAUGUACUUUGAACAUAAUUAAAUAGGGCCAGUGUCAAAAUGAGUGCUGUGGAUGAUAAGAAAUCGAAGGACAGCGAGUGCUAUUUCUGCAAUGAGUUGUUUGAAUUGGGACAGUUACAGAGCCACCUGAAGCUCUGCGGCAGCAUCUUGGAGCAGUGCCCGCUGCGCUGCGGCGCCUGGAUCCAGAGGAAACACAAGGACACUCACGUGAAGGACUGCCCGAAGUUGGAAAAGAAUCGCUCCACAUCAUCGCCCUCACACGCUCGCAACGCUGACCCAUCCCCCCCAGAACCCAUCAAGAACCACACGUGGUCCCCCAGAGCAGUGCCGCUGGAUGACUGCGUCACUUACCUUGAGAAGGAAGUCGCUAAUAUUAAACUAGUCAUCACAGAAGAAGUGAACUACCGCGACGUGCAAGCCUCAGAGCUCGAGAACCUUCGCUCGAAGCUGGUGCUAGUGGAGGAGCGAAGUCAACACUUCCUUUCUACGCUUGUGUCUUUGCGUGCAGCCGUGGAUGAUGAGGCAGAGCGCUCUGCAAAUUGGGCUGCGCAGUUUAAACAUGAUCUGGCUAAUGUCCAGCUAGCUUUACAGGAGCUGCAGAGUCAGCAGCUGACGACGGCGAUGAGGCUCGAGAGUACAGUCAGCAGCUUAUUGCAUGAGCAACAUGAACGCGAGCUUUUGGAGACGGCACUCACACAGCAUGAUAAUAGGAUACGUGCUGUUAAUAAGCUCGAGGAAGUAAUCGAGUAUAUAAAGCAGACAGUGGAUGAAGAACGCGCGCGCAACGCAGAAAGUCGCGCGGCGCUCGAGCAGGAAUUGAUGGAGGCGCGCAGGUCUUCGGCGCAGCUGGGGCAACUGGCCGUUGUUACAGCGCAGCUGCAGAGUACUGCACAUGAAAGGCCGGAAGUGGACCGCCUAGCAGUCCUCGAGCUAGCGACCACAGAAGCUCGCGCAGAGACCGCAGAGCACGCGGCCCGCGUGGAUAUCGUCGCGCGAGACAUGAGGGCCCUCACCAAGUCGUAUCUUAAACUGAGGAGCGAGCUGGCGGACUUCCAGGCGAGAGUGGGCUUUGAGAGGGCGGAGUUAGGGAGCGAUGAUGGGCACCUUAUCUGGCGGAUCGACAACUUCACAGAGCGAAUGAAGGACGCGAAAACAAAUGACACCGUGCUCACUAGCCCAUUGUUUCGGACCAGCAAAUAUGGCUACACGUUAAAGGCGGAAUUGAACCUCAACGGCAUCGGCAAAUGGAAGGGUCGGCACAUAACCUGUACCGUGCGUCUAGUCGGCGGGCCUUACGACGCGCUGCUCGAGUGGCCCUGCGACAUAGCCAUCAACAUUGUGCUUCGAGACCAGCCUAACAAUAGGAAUCAGGCAAUGGAUAUAGUAAAAUCCCUCCAGCUCCGUCGCAAAUCGUCGUCUCAUCGUCAUGACUACGACUCCACCGACGAGAAGACGCGCUCCACGGAGGCUCUUGACAAGACCGUCACACAACUGAAGAGGCAAUACAUCUUCAUACCGCACACGAGUUUGGACAAGUUCGAAUAUGUUAAAGGGAACACGGUGUUCUUUGAGUUUAUUGUAAACCAAUAACGAUAAGGAGCACAACUCAGUAUAUCAUCGGCCAAACGGGGCGACUACGGCUCCACCGACGAGAAGUCGCGCUCCACUGAGGCACUAGACAAGACCGUCACGCAACGAAGAGGCAACAAAUCUUCAAUAUUGUUUAUUUAUUUAUCUACACACAUAUCAUAAACCCUCUAUGAUGCCUUCAAAAUCCGUAAAUAAUCGCCAACAUUAUGAUAAACUGUUUUGUUACAACAAAUUUCUUAUCUGUGAUGAUCGAUUUGGUUAUGACUUCAAAUUUGGAACAUCUCUGAAAAAAAAGCAAUUCCAUUUGACCUCUAUUCUAAUAUCAGUCGAGAUGCCUUUUUGUUCGAAAUGAAAUGUCAAUUGCAUACAAUUUUGACAUAUCUCGCAUGUCAGUUUGUAUCGAAUGAUACGGAAAUAGGCGCCCGACUCUAGUUUGUCUCUGAAUUUAAAAAAACUACGAAUGCGUGACAUGCGUCAAAAAAGUUUUGAUUUGCCGCCAUUUGACGUACAGUUUAUCUUUUAAUUCGUUUUAAGUAUAAAAUGAAUAUGUUUUGUUGUUUUUAAACGUGUAAAAUGAGCGAUAAAAAUAUUUCGGUGACGCCACCACAUAUCCGCGAGUUCCGUCAAGAGAGCAACGAUGCCCUGUAAUUUGGGUUAGUGAAUAUAUCAUAGAAAGUUAAUAUGUGUGUAGAUAAAACAGUGUAUGUAACUGUGCAUAAUUAGGCAUUAAAACACUCGUGUGAUCCUAUUAAGAAACUCACUUCGUUCGUUUCUUAAACCCACACUCGUGUAUUUUAAUGCCUUUUAUUAUGUAGCAGUCACAUAAACCACUAUUAAGUUUACAAUUGUACCUUAACAGCUAAAGCCACAGCGGCACAAAUUGGGAGACAGUAAUACUUAUACAUUGAGUAGAAAAUGUGAAAGUAGGUACGAUGUUCUUUGAGUUUAUUGUUAACCAAUAAAAGGACGUUCAAUCAAGAAGCUUA